AUGAAAGAGAAAUUUAGAAUUUAAAAAUGUAUGCUUUAAGAAAAAAAUGCUUAAUUAGAAAAUGAUUUAGCAAGAGAGAAAGUAUUUGAAUCUUAAUAAUUUUUAGGAAAAAAUAUAUUAGAUGGAAAAUAGUAUCAGAAGUUUGGACAAUGAUAUCCAUAAGCUUUAAUUUAAAUAAUCCUUAUAAUAAUUAUAUUUAUGGAAUUAAGAAUUACCAAAUAAUCAUAAAAAUCAGAUAGAAUUAACAGAAAAUAGCCAAAUUAAUUCAGGGUUUGUUUCACCUUAUUCAAAUCAUUUUGGAUAUUGA